AUGAGCGAAGCGUAUGAUGUCCCAAUGGUCUUAACGGGCCCAUAUUAUAUGGUGAGUCAACAUUGUGGAUAUUGCAAUUGCAAAAAAUCUGACUUUUAUGCUGUAGAUAGUUUCAAAGAUAAGAAAUUGCCAUCUAUUCCUACCAAAGCAGAACAUGUUACGAUUGGAUCCCAGGUUGAGCAAAUGACAUAUCAGCAAUAUGAUGACCUUAUUAAUCGAGGAUUUAGGAGAUCGGGUACUUUUCUAUAUAAACAGGAUAUGCUUCGAAACUGCUGUCGGUUGUUCACAAUUAGGACAAGGUUACAAGAGAUGAAGAUAAACAAGCAGCACAGGAAAACUAUUAAUAGGUUCAUUAGAGCAACAAGUGCAAUCAAUGGCCCUCAAAGUCAAACGUUGUCAAAAAAGGGCUCUGCAUUUGACUUGAAUUCAUUAGUUAAAGCGGAGAGGGAAUCCACCAGAUUUUACACAGUAUUUGGACCCUCCAAGUUUUCAGAUGAGAAAUUUGAAUUGUACAAGAAGUAUCAAAUCAAAGUACAUAAUGAUGAUCCGGAAGAUAUUUCAAAGCUGUCAUUCAAACGUUUUCUAUGUGAUAACCCGUUCCCAAAAGACGAAUGUACUGCUGACUGGGAUCAUUUAAAUUCCUGGACUACAGUGGAUAAGAAUAGUAAAAGUGGUAGGGUGAAUCGCUAUGUUGGCUCAGCACAUGACUGCUAUUACCUCGAUGGAAAACUAAUAGCAAUCUCAGUUGUUGAUCUCUUACCCUCCGGCAUGUCGUCUAUUUAUUUCAUUUGGGAUCCGGACUAUUCCCACUUGUCACUUGGUACCUUGUCGGGUUUGAGAGAGUUGAUGAUAUGUGAUCACCUCAACUUAGAUUGGUAUUACCUAGGUUACUAUAUUGAUGAUUGUCCGAAAAUGCAAUACAAACUGAAGUUCGGGGGUGAGCUUUUAGAUGUUUGUACCGAGACAUACUUCCCCAUAUCUCAGCUACAACCGUUUAUAAAAAAUGGUAAGUUUUUCGUAAUAGAAGACGAAGAUAUUGAUAUUGACCUCCUGAAAGAAAUCGGCGUUCAAAACUCCAGUUUUCCUCAAUCAGAAUCACCAAGUAAGUUUCAAGGGAAAUGUCUAAAAAAUAUAAGCGACUCACUAUACGGUAAUGAACAGCUAUACUUGAAUGCUGAAAAUAUUGCUCAUGAGCUUCUGUCAACCUAUGGAGUUAAUUUUAAUACAAGGUCUUUAGACAAAGAAAUACCGUCCGUAGUGCCAGGUCUUAUUCCCCUAUGGCAAAUAAAAGUGUGGCUCAAUGAGAACGUAAUUGGCCACACCUUCGUUGUGAAUAUAUAUGCACUUAAGUCGCAACAAAUGAUCCUGGCUCCUUUUGAUGACCUACAGGGCUCUUCCAAAAGGGUGAUCAUAGACUGUAUCAGAUUAUACGGGUUAGAUAAGGUGAAGAAUUCAAUAAUAUUGACAUAA